AUGCUUAUGAAGCGAUUUACUCGAACAUUAUGGAACAACAGUUUACAAAUUGGCAAAAGAUAUGUGGCCUCUGAUCCAAGUAAACCAUUACCGGAUGAAUCAGAAAGAAUAGACACAGCACAGGAACUUGCAUUGGAUCGAGACAUCUGCUUGCUAGUGGAUGAAAAGGAUAAUUUCGUUGGGACAGCAACUAAACGAGAGUGCCAUAAAGUAGGACCCGAAGGUGAAGUGCCUUUGCAUAGAGCCUUUAGUGUAUUCUUUUUUAACCAAAGAGGUGAUAUGCUGUUACAAAGGCGAUCAAGUCAGAAGGUAACAUAUCCAGAUUAUUAUACAAAUGCAUGCUGCAGCCACCCCUUGUAUAUAGAUGGUAAAGCUGAAGAUAUUAUAACAGCUGCAAGACGAAGAAUGAACCAUGAACUUGGAGUACCAUUAGAUAAGAUGGACCCAGAAAUGUUUACCUACCUAACGCGUGUCCAUUACCACGACCCCGGUGAUGGUGUAUGGGGCGAACAUGAGAUUGACCAUAUACUAUUCUUUCAAAGUGAUGUCAAAGUUAAACCUAAUUCUGAUGAGAUUUCUGAGUAUUGCUUCGUUCCCAAGAAUGAGUUUAAUGCUUUCAUCCCCACCCUGGAAGGCCCCUUGACGCCCUGGUUUAACAUGAUUCGACGCCAUCGUCUUAAACUCUGGUGGGAUAACCUUCAUCGAAUCAAGGAACUUGCUGAACCGGAAAAAAUCCAAAAAUUUAUAAAAGAAAAGUAA